AGUAAGCAUCAUAGGAUUAGUGCAAUGUAAACAGAUUCAUGGUGAUUGGUAUUUAGAAACCAUAAUAUCACGGGGAAUAAUAUGGAUCUGUUUUUAAUUUUAGCUUUAAAGAAACCCCCUGUUUCCUUUUCUCAAUAUGAAAGUCAUCAAGUAAUCUCCCAUCUUCCAACUGGACAACCUCUCUCCCCAAAUAUGGUUCCAGAUUCUCAUGUAAACCACAAUGGAAACCCCAGAACUUCAAAACAGAAGCCUUCCAAUCCUCUUCAACAUUUAAUUCCAGGCCCUAACUUGGAGAGUGAACCCAGAAUUCAAGCAGAUAUUCUAAAGCAGGCUACUAAGGAUCGAGCCGGUGAUCUCCAUAAAUUGAAGCAAAGCCGAUUCUUUGAUGAGAAUGAAUCCCCUGUUGAUCCGCAGCAUGGCUCUAAACUGGCGGAUUAUAAUGGGGAUGAUGGUAACGUAGGUGAGUAUGAGGCAGACAAGCAGGCUGAGCUGGCUUACAAUGAGGAAGAAGAUGGUGAUGGUGGAGAGGAAGACGUCCAAGAUGAUGAAGAACAAGAACUGCAAAUGGAUCCUGCAGACUAUGGAAAGCAACAUUUCAAUGAUGCCCUUUAAGCCGUAAAGGAAAACUUCAGAAAACCUAAAGUGCUGUAAAAUGGAAUCAUUUCUACUUUGUCGAUUUUGACUUUUGUUGUAAAGAUCAGUUGUAUCAGUUGUAAAGAUACAUUGAGAUAGAUUUAAGGAAAAUUUUAAAUGAAAGAAUGUACCCAUGUACAUAUGUGAACUUUUCAUAUUGUAUUAUUAAAGCAGAGACUUUGGGGUUAUGUUACAGUUGAGCCAAAAACAAAGUAAGCAAAACUGUAAUCUUUGCAUUUAAAGCAAACUAAUGUAUAUUUUACAUUUUAUUGAGGCUAAUUCUUUCCACAAAUAGACAAACAGGAAAAAUGAUUGUACAGUUUAUAUGUUGCACAUAGCAUAACCACAAAGAGAACAAUUAUUCAACUGGAAAACUUUUAAUACACUAAUACAUGCUUGUUAGCCCAACAGGUGUUCUGUUCUAUCCACCCCUCAUCUCAUGCUGUUCAAGGAAUCAUACCUAGAAUAGUUGCAUGAAAGAGGGGAACCUGAAAGCCAAACACUGGGCAGCAAUGUACAAAAUCACUUCCCUACUCUUUUUAUUUUACAUGAGUAAUGAUGUGUUUCGGCAGAUAAGCUUUCAGCUGAGGCCUGAUGGAAGCUGAGAUAACCUGCAAAGACAUAACAAUAUUUAUGAGUUUUACCUUACUUAGUUCAUGAAAUUGUGAAAUGCAUGAUCGAUGAUGUAUUUUCAAUUUUUAGUUUUUCAGGUAAUACCAGUACGGUUUAACCGUUACUGGCUAAAAUUUUUAUAUUUUCAGAGUUAAAGUUGGUGAAGAUAUUAAUGAUUUAAAUGCCAGAUUCUGAAAGAGGCUAAAUCAACCCUGAAAUGAAUUUGCAAUCAGUAUUUCAAAGCAUCUCUGGUAGUUUUAGUGAUCUUAUUUGACUAGACUUUUUCAGAAGUAUUAAAUAAGCAAUUUUAACAGAUUUUUAUUAAUGCACAGAUAAGUAGAAGUACAGUGAGAUCUACAGCCAUUUUAUUAAAAUAGCUUAAAAGCUUGUAAUAAAGAUGAAGAACCUUUGUAUUUACUUAAUAUGUUAGUUAAGAACCCAUAAACCUCAUAUUUGCUAGACUUACAAAAUUAUUUUAAAUGCAUUUGUCUUUUUUGACACUCCUCAGUAGAACGUGUAAGCUAGCUAAUCCUUGUUUUCUGAUUGAAAGAACUUCUAAAUCUUAUCCCCCUCCCCCCAAAUAAAAGGUUUUGAUCAUGAGAAAUUUAAGCUUGUUAACUCUGUGUUUCAGAAGGGCUACUGUUAAUUGCACAUGAACAUGAGAUGCUUUUUUCCCCCCCGUACUCAGGUUCUAGUCAAAAUUCAAACUUACAGAGAUUAAAAAAAAAACAAAACAAAAAAAAGGUUGUUCAAUUAUUGGAGGUGCAGAAAUUCUUAGACUUCAGUUUUAAAUUAUUUAGCAACCCAGAAAAGAUGUAGUGACUUACUAAAAUUGUUUUUUCUACCAUAUCAAAGUUAGUAAUUCAUGGCUUUGCUGUAGAGUCAGGCCUAUAAUGAAUAGGUAUGAUAGUUCACAGGAUUUUUUUAAGUGGAGUUAAAGGGAAUUGAUGUACACCUUUUGGAAGUUAGGGUGGGAAGAUGAAUCUAAAACAAAUUCCUAGUAAUACUUUAUAUUUAAUACUGUAAAAUCUUUACAAAUGAAAACCAUGAAAUUUCCUGCCUUAGUUCCUUUGUCAUAAAAACAAUCACUUGGUUAUAUGGUAGCUAUUACUUACACAGCAAAAUUUCUUCAAUUAGCAGUCUAGACAUUUUAUAAACUGAGAAAUCUUGGAUCAAUUGAUAAUAUUUUUGACUGUAUUAACAUUUUAGUGCUAUAAAAUACUAUGUGAAUCUCUUAAAAUUCUGACAUUCUACAGUCUGUAUUAGACAUGCUGGUUUUAUAACGUUUUACUUCUGCCUUAAGAUUUACGUUUUUUAAAUGUAUUUUUGCCCUGAAUUAAGUGUUAAUUUGAUGGAAACUCUGCUUUUAAAACCAUCACUUACUGGGUUCUAAUAAAUUAAAAAUUAAACUUGUUUUA